AUGGUUGAGACAUUCACUACAUGACUCAACCUACCAUCUACCAGUUACCUAGUAAUGACAGAACACACUAACAACAAAACUGUUGGAUUUCACGGGAUACUUCAUUACCAUAUUCCCUAACUGCCGGAGAGUUGUAGCUUUUUCAACCAAGGGAACCUGACAGAUGGAUGUGAAGAUGAAAUAUCAAUGAUAGAACACACUGGCCACAAAACUGUUGGAUUUCACUGGAUACUUAAUUACCAUAUUCCCUAACUGUGGAGACUUGUGGCUUUUUCAACCAAUGAAACUCUGACAGAUGGGUGUGAAGAUGAAAUAUCGAUGUUAAAUACGGAGGCGUAAUGGUGGGGUUGUGUGUGGAUUCAUCUGACAGCAGUUGGCACAUCAUACUAACAGAAGAAAGAAACACUAGUGCUUGAGGAUCCAAAUGGUACAAACCACUGGAUGUGGCUAAUUUGAGGACAAUUAUGAAAGUGAUGUUUUUUGGGUGGUCGCUUGCAAUCCUGCUCUCCAUACAGCUUUUGGUUUUAGCAUCGGAGCUGGAGAUGAUUGACUAUGAGAGUCAACACUUCACCUGCUCAAAGGGUCUCUCGAACUGCACAGUGAAGGCAUGUGCUGGGAUUCCGAUCCAAAAGUGUCCUGUGGAUGUAAAAGGGCUGGCGGUGCAGCCUGUGCUGUGCUGCAGACAGGAUACGGCAUGCAGACCUUGCCUACACAUUCGCCUUGACAUCCAGCCCAGAAACGACCAGACAGCAUCGUAUGUGAGUGUGUGUUACACUGUGCCACAGCUAAUAAUGCCUCUGUGCAAAAAGCUCGAGUUCACAGUGAUCCCUGCUGCUCCGGAUGAGCAGGCUUCAUCAAAGCAGGCCUGGCUGUCACUGCUGCUUGAGUCUAAUGCCCUGUCCUUCAGCAGUCAGGUGACUGUGUAUGCUUGCAACCUUCACGCGACUGUGAUGCUUCCGUCAGUGGAUGAAGUGUGUUCAUCCGCCUCACAGGGAGUUGUAGAGGAAUGUGAAGUCCCCAGUUUCAGCACUCUAAUUGAUCCGGAGAGACGUGAGGUGAUGCUGCAAGUCGCAAAGGAAGAGGACAGCCCCUACCAACUAGAAAUGUGCCUACAACAUGAACAUAAUGGAAUGUGCAGGACCUGGAAAGAGAGGUCCCUUCCACUGCACUCUGUCACCCCCUGCAUGUGCUUCCAGUUGUGGUGGGAUAAAGGAGACGAGAGGUCUCGUCGAUCUAGGAGCUGUCCUUUUAGGAACAACACCGAGCUGUUCCAGAGGAACCUAUGGGAGAAUGUGUCAGUAUCUGUGGUGCGGGGCCAGAUGAACAGUGGCGGUGCAAUGCUGUCCUGGAACCUGACUGCCCCCUGUAGGGUGGAGGCUGAAGUGUGGCCCUGCCAGAGAGAUGCAGGCGUGGACAAGGACAGAUGCAGAGAGCUGGGGGACAUUAGGCAGCGUCUGUCAAAUGACAAAUGGAGGGAAAUUGACAGGGGACACUGGCUGAUGCCAGGUGUGUUUGAGGAUGUCAAACCUGGCCUUGAUCUCUGUGUGAUGGUGAAGGUCAAAGGGAAGAAUAGUGAGCUUGGCCCCUUCUGUCCCAUUGACUCCAGAUGGUGGCACUGGCGCUGGGGUCUGCUUGUCCUGGUCACCCUGAUGCUCGUAGGCCUAGCAGGAAUUUGUCUCUAUUUCCUGCAUGGCAAACUGAAACGGUGGGCAUGGGAAUGGCACCAGAAGGAGUGUGAUCAAAUACCUAUAAGGGGACACGUGGUGCUGCUGAGCCCGCCGGAUGUGGAUAACUCUGUGUCAGAGCUGGUUUGUGAGCUUGGCUCCUCUCUGCGUGCCAGGGGCCUCAGUGUGUCCGUGGACCUGUGGAGUCGGGCUGAGUUGUGCUCUCUGGGGCCCCUGCCCUGGCUGCACUCCCAGCUGCAGCCCCUGGACAGCCAGGGAGGCCGGGCCUUACUGGUAAUGACACAGGCAGCCUGGAAGAAGGCAGAGGACUGGGGCCAACAGUGGGACCAGCAUGGCCAACAGCGAAGGGACAUAGCCCAGGGAGUGGAGGAGGAGGGGGAGUAUAAGAGGCUUCUCCAGGGCUUGUCCUGCCCAUACGCGGACGUGUUCAGUGCCGCUCUGAGCUGCAUCAAGGUGGACCACCAGCAAGGGCGUGCUGGAAAGCGCUUCCUCCUGGUCCACUUUGAGGCCCAUUCUGCCAAGCCCCUCAGCAGUGAAAGGGGUCUCCCAGAGCUGUUCCAAGGGCUGCCCUUGUUUCACCUGCCCUCCCAGGGACAGGAGCUCCUCGUUCAGCUGGCCAUAGGGUCUAAAGGGCCCAGGGCUGGUAUAGGUGGAUAGAGGGGCUGAAGUACGCUCUAUUUACGGACUGUCUAAGGGGACUCCAGGGUUUGAGGAGAGACAGUAGGAUACCUGAUGAAGGGGUAUCCCCAUAAGUAUGCUGUCAUUGGAGUGGAGAACAGUUGGGAGACUGUGCCCUUACAGCAGAGCAGUCACCCUGAGGCCUAAUUCCUCCCAACCAUCCAAGCCUGCUCACAUCAUCACCCCAACACCCCCGGCCACUCACUUUACAUUAGCACUGCAAUACACUGGACGCAACUUGUUGGAUGCAGAACCCUUGGAUUAUACUGUAUGUGGUGAUGUUAUUAAGAGGGCUAGAGUUAUUGAGAGUGUAUGAAACAACAACACAGCUGUCACCUUCCGUACACCUUGAGGAUGGACUUCUAUGUGUGACACUAUUAUAUAAGUUAGGGGAGACCAGGGAACAAAGUAACAGUUUAAGCUUUUGUUUAGUAUGAAAAUAAUAUUUGAUGUAGAUUCAUUAUCUUUUUAUACAAACACACAUAUCUUAGCUACCAUUAUACACUUUAACGAAGUUUACAAUCUGUAGAAAUUAUGAUCACACAGAACAGUAUAUGGCAACUAGAAAUCAAAACUGGAUGGUCUUCAGAGAUAGAUGGGAGGGGUUGAGGGUAGCUGAAGGAUGGGACUAAAAACAAACAAAAGAUAACUAAUGUAAAGUAUACUGUGUCUGUAAAAUGUAUGUACAUAUAUGAUAUAUAUAUCGUAUAUAUCAUAUAUAAAUGUGUAUAAGCUGGACGUAGAAGUCUAAGUAUUGUUGUCCAUUAGUUUACUCCAAUUAGGGGAGGGGUGGUAGGGUUAGGGGAAAAUAAUAAAUAAAGAAAAAAUAUUUAUGAAAAAAUACAUAUACAGUACAAGUCAAAUGUUUGGACACACU